AUGGACAACAACCUCUUCGUCAACAAGGAUUCCCUGAGCAUCGAGGACCUUUUUCGCCAGAUGAACCGGCCCAUCAUCUUGACCUCCAACGGCCUCAUGCUUCCUGGUGACCCCAGCACCCUCCAAAAAGUCUCUGAACGACUCCCUGGAUCCAAUGGAUAUGAAGAAUACAAAAUGCCCCAGCUCGUAUCCGAACUGGAACCCGUGGGAGUCAUCAAUAAUAAAGGCAAGCUUAUCGGCGUCCGGUUCCAGAACUUCAUCGGCGAUGAUACUAACGUCGUAGCUCUUUCCAACAUAAUUCCCAAGGCUCGUAUUUACCAGGGUGCCAAGGUUGGCUUACUUCCCGUGAUUGAAGCUAUUACUGUUGAUGUAAAUCCCGACAGUGCUCACUAUAUAGCUAUACCUGUUCUCUCUAAGGAUUUCAUGACAAAUCUGACUCCUGAGCCCUCUGGGGCUUGUGCGAAUGAUGUUGCUCUAAGCACAAUCGCUCGUCGCAACAAACCAUCAUAG